CCCACCCGUCCCGUUUUCGAACCACCGACACCCACCGACGCAAAAGAACCCACCCACGUACUGUACACGUACCGCACAUACAUCCGCCAUGACGGGACCGAGACGAUCCGCGCGCGUCGCCAGCAGGCCGGCACCGGAAGAAGCAACAGCACCGGCCCCCGAGCCGGCGAAGAAGAAGAAGCAGGCGCCGAAGGAACCCCCCAAGAAGAAGGCCACCGCCACCAAGGCCAAACCCAAGGCGGCCCCCAAGAAGAAGGCAGCCCCCGAGAAGAAGAAGGCCGCGGCUUCCUCGUCGACCAAACCGGUCGUGGUCGUCGAGGCCUGCAAGCAAUGAGGCGCGUUCAAGACCCGAGCCAACAAGAUCGCCAAGGCGGUCGGGGAUCGGGCCACCGUGGAAAUCAACAAAGAAAAGGUACGUAGAGUGCUGCCCGGCAUCGAACCGCCGGAGCGACUUUUGUGCGAGGUGCGAUUGCUGUCGAUUGCCGAACGGUGUAGCGUUUCGAGAAGGAUGGGACACGACACGCAUGCCGUGGAUCGCGUUUUGUUCCGCAAACACGAAACACUCAACGGCGCUUGGUUUUUUGGCGUGUUGCGAAUUUCUUCCGCGAAAAAAAAAACAACAAAAAACAACCUACACCACAGCCCGGAAGAGGGAACUUUGUGGUGACCGUCGAGGGAACCGACGAACCCAUCGUGUCCCUCCUCGGCAUGAAGCGCCCCUUCCCGGCGCUCAAGGCCCUCGACAUGGACGAGAUCAACGCCAAGGUCCUAGAGGCCCUGGAGUAGAAGGAGGAGUCCGGGGGCAAAAGACCCCGCGGAGGGGACCCGGCCGGAAGGCCCCCGCCGCGACCGCUCGCAGUGCCCUUUGC